CUAAUUUAAAUUUCCUUUUUCUAUUUGGCUGGUGAAAUUCACAUAAAAUGGAAUUUGGAAAUAACGGGAAACUACAUGUUAGACAUGCUGUAAUUUGUACUGUUUCAUGUGCCAUCCGCUGACACUUCUGAAUGAUGAUUUAUCUCUUGGUUAAAUUCAUUAAUCACCUGGUCCUUAUGUUCUCUUUAUAGAAGUCAAAGGGUAAUGGUUUGCUUGAGUGGACUGUUUUUUCUUGUUUCUUUUUUACAUCCUUUCUCUUGGAAUGUUGCGUUUGAUCUUCUGCUUCAACAAAAAAAAUUCUGCCAAUUUUAAGCUCAAUGACAUGACCUCUUUCUUUUUGACUUCAGUGGCAUUGAAAUGCCAAUUCACAAGUUAGUCAGUACUUUCAUAGUCCUUGCCAGAAGACCAUAAUCUAAUAGACAACUGAAGGGCUAAUAGCAAUGGCCCUAGAGAUGAAAAAAUAUAUGAAUAUCCAAAUGGAUAAUACUGCUUUCACUUUGCUGGUGCUUCAAAAGCCCAAGCCCUCGGUGAUAGUAAAAAAGUUGACGGUAAAUCCAUUAACUGACUUAAAUAUCAAUAAUACCUUGUGGGUUUCUGAUAUGAGCUAUGUUUUUAUUCUUAUGAAUUAUCUGGUAGCUUAAAAUUUCUCUUUAGGUAUUUCAUUAUCAGUCAUGUUCAUAGUUUUAAUGAUUGAAACUUUGCUAUCGAACACAAAAUUUUGAAACAAUUAAAUAUUUGAAUGUGAUUACUUGGUUCUCUCAUUAUUAUCACCUAGUUUCUUGGGUAUUGUGACAUAAUUUCUCCUCUUUCAAAUGGGGUUUUUAUGUUUAAGAAAAUGUUAUGGCAAAUAACAAGUUUCAUCUAGUUUCAUGUCUGUUUGUUUGAGCGUAUUUACCUCAUUUUAUUAGAUAUCAUUCAUUUGGGGUGUGUGUACCGUUCAAAAAAAUGUUGAGCAGAUUUCAUGACAUUCAUUGGGCUAUUUUAUACUUCUGUUAUGUAAUUUAAUGUCAUUUAUUGGGGUGUGAUAAUGUUUCAAACAGAAAAUGUUGUCACUUGCCACCCAGCUAACCGUAUUCUAAACCUACAGAAUAGGCUCUGGCAAUAUCAAAAUAGCUCCACCAAAUCUAUAACAACUGCUGCUGUCAGUAAUCUUUCUUGUUUUUGGAUAUUGUCUGGCAAUACUCAAGUUGAACUGCAUUUCAAGACUGGCAACUUUUUUAAUAGAUAUCAAUUUACAGCAACUCUGAUCUUUCACAAAACAACUGCUGGGUCAUUAAUCAUGAAUGACAUAGAUUGCUGUGAGGAGAUGGCUUGUGAUGAGGCUGAGCUUGGACCAGAUGAAUUUGAGGAGAGACUACGUAGUCAACAAAAACUACAGGAAGAGCAACUGGAGAUGCUAAAGCACAUGCGGAAAUUUCACUUGGAUGACCAAUCUGCUAUCCUUGAGAAGCUGCACCAGCAAAUGGAAGAAACAGGUUUUGAGAAUGCUGCAAUGAUCUUUUCACUGGAGCAGAUCCAAGAGAUUGUUCGAAGGAGAGUUUCGCCUUUAUUUAGGCCAAGGUAGUUUUCACUCAGUUGCCCAGUAAGACUUUAUGUAGUUCACCUGUGGCUCUAUCAGUAAUUUUCUCUCUUGCAGUAAUUUUACCUCAAUCUCUUUCUUUAGAAUUGUGCUUCUUGUUAAAAUAACUUUACCAUCUUCUGGAGGUGACAGAGCGACGAAGUAGGAACCAUUUUUCGGUGGAAUGUGUUCAUUUUCUGAGAUUUUGAGUUGUGUUAUGAAUCACUCUUUUUAUUUAUCCCAUGCCUUUGUUUUCAUCU